AUGAAGAAAAGUGAAAAACAGAUACAUGAGAGAUUCCAACAGAAAACCGCUGGUCAUUUACAUCCGAGCAUGCCAAACUACAGUGUACCAGUAUAUGUAAGUAAAUGCAGCAACAAUCAUAUUUACUUGUGACCAAUGAGGCUGUUUGGGUGACAGGUUUUUUCCUCACUAAAUUUGCUCUCGGCUGCAUGUCUUACUCCAGAGAAGAAAACGUGUUCUUCCGCCCAUGUAUCCUUGGGAAGAAGUUGUUCAGAGAAUAUGUUAUAAUAAAUGAUCGUCAUGUUAACUUCAGUGACUUGUCCCCAAUCGCCUUCCUAUUCCUCCCUCCCAUCACACCCUGCGCAAAAGGGUGUUUGAAUUUCGAAAGAAUUUAUUUUGUAACAUUUGGCUGCGUGCAAACGGACGCAUGUUGCGUGCGUGUUGGCAGUGGUCUGCAUACGGAUGCAACAACUCCCAACAAUGUUGGUACCUGCAGUGCAUCGUGGAAUGAUACAACCCAUAACUCUUUGUAAACCAUGCGUAAUGAGCGUGCGUGGUUCCAACAAUGUUGGAAGAGCUGUGCAAACGGAUCCAACAUUGUUGCUCUCCUUUGGCGAUCACGGAACAAAAGAAAUUUUGCGCAACAACACGCAACAACAUUCAACAACAUGCAACAGGGUGUGCAAACGGACGCAAGAUGUAACAUCCAACAGUCCUGGGAGUUGUUGAUCAACAAUGUUGCGUCCGUUUGCACGCAGCCUUAUGUUAUGUAAUAAUAUAAUUCUCAUGAUCUUUCUGUAUUUGUACCGUAUCUCAUUCCAGGAAUGGACCAUCAUUAACACGUAUAAAGAUCCUGCCAAUAUCGUAUCACUGUGCCUCCCGCGGUUACCAACGCCUAAAAUAGAUUUCUCACCCAUCAGUAACGUCUUAACAUACCCUGCAUCAAUCUUGCUGGUUCAAUAUGACGAUGAUAAGCUUCAAAUGUUGACCAGGUAGUGUUUUAGUUUAAUUUUACAGUCAGUAACUGCAGUAGGUAUAAGAUAAGAUUUUAAGUCGUACACUUUAGUCACUGGAAUAGUCAAAAACGUUUUUUCUAAUCAUCCCCUGGUUUAAGAGAACACUUUAAUGGCAAUAUCUGACUGGUUGUGCUGUGUAGUGAAUAACAUGAACGCUUGUUCAAGCUCGUCAGUCAUCAGGCAGAAUUAAAUUUUAAAGCAUCUGCAAUCCUGAUUGCCAUACAGUAAUCAGGUUGAUGCAUGCAUAACAGCCAAGUGGCUCUAGAGCCCUGAUAAAUGAGUUGGAGCCCUCCAUUUUAUCAUUCUAGAGUGGCACCGGUUGAACGCUGCCUAAGAUACCUUUUAUCACAAUUCAUUUACUAAAUUUACAUGUACUUGCCUUAGGCUGAAUUAGUUUGAGAUAGUGUAAGAGCGUUACUGCAAUCUGACUUUGAGUGAAGGUGAAUAAUAUAUAACAGCGAAGGCAUUAGUUUUUGUUAAUUCAUGCCUUAAAAAACCUAUCACUUUAAAAAAGCUGUUUAUCUGUCUAUCACUUAAAAUUUCAUUUUGCAUUUCCUUUUUUCAAAGUACAAAGCAAGCAGCCUGUAAAACGAUCACACUUGACGUUCCUACUCAUCACACGGAUGACGGAAAGAGAGUUUGUUACUAAACUGUUGAUGCUUUCUACCUUUCAGUGUUGGCCUGAAACUGAUUGGUUCAUUUCGCACAAAACCUCAAAGUUCUGACGCUGACUUGGGUAGGUAUUAGUGAUGGUACUACAUAUAUAGGUACAGAUCAUAUGUUAAUCUAUACGCACCCACUUCGUGGAACGCUUUCAGGCCCCGACCGAUAUUACUGAAUCCGCAACUUUUUCUAUUUCGGCUACACUACGCAGUACAACAUGAAUAGAAAAACCAUUAGGUUUAUUUUGGCUGUUCCGCCGACCUCCGCAGAUAUAACAAUACAUUAUACAACAACUUCUAUUACAUUCAAAUAUGUGGUGUAAGAACUAGAACAGAGCUGAGCGACAGUUUACACAGAAUACUGUCAGAACAGAGGCCAGAAAAAACCUGCCGGAAAAAAACCUCAACAAGGAAGAAAACUAGGCAGGAAAUCUGGGUAGGAUCCAUGGCUCAUGCUCUGAAAAGCCCAUCCUACGAAGGCUACACGGCUGGAAGGACUUUGCCCUUAUUUACAAAACAAGUAUUCCAACAAAGGACGGCAAACUCUAAAUAAUUUAAGGAAACGCAAACAAGCUAAGAAACCCCUGGAAAAAUCGAACUGCAACUAGUAAAUCAAAUAUAUACUAAAAUAAAUAAAUAAAUAAAAAAUAACAUGAGCUAGACGAGGUGUCGGCCUAGGAUGCUUUCCCACAGGAUAAGCAUCCUUUUUAUAGCGCUCCAUUCUACCCAUACUGCACUUCAACUGCCCCAGUCCCCACUGCUCCCGUGCCGCAGAAAUAUUUCAUUUCCGGCUAAUUCGUAUCCACUCAAACGCCGGAAAUUCCAUUUUCGGAUACGGCUUCCGUCCACACGUAUUCGGUGAAUCCGGCAUACGAAUCCGCAACUUUUUUAAUCUGCUCUUCAGAGUGGAAAUUUUGGAAUACGCUAUAAAUCCGGAAUCAUGUGGACAGUAAAUCCGGAUGUUUUUUUCCAGUGACGUAACAAUUAAGAUCGAGCCUAGGGCCGGGUUGUUCAAAGCAGGGUUAACCCAGGGUUAGUGCAAAAUUUCAGUUCAGGUAUGAAAGCUUAAAAAGCAAAUUCAGUUUUAUCCUUUUUGUCUACAACUUGAUGAUUUGAUGCUGUAAAAAGAAUCGAGAAAAUCAUCCGGGAAAAUGCUUUUGAACAAAGAAAAAGAAACGCAGGUUAAAAUUUAACCCUGGGUUAGCGUAACCUGAGAUCAGGCUCUAUUUUCGUUUCGCUUUUUCAGCGGUAGCAGUUAGAGAGAAUGUAUGAGAACCGCUCAAAUUGGGCCUGUUCUCAGGUUAGGGUCAGCGCUAAUCGGCCUUCAAACAACUGGGCCCAGUUUUUUACCGUGAAUACUGUAUUCAAGAUGGCAACCUCGGUCCCAAGUUCUCUCAAGGAAGAGCAAGAUGCAUGCUCCGUUGCCAAUUUUUCCAAAGGAAUUCUGGGUACAAGAGUGAAUCCGAAUACCUUUCGGAUACCCCUGGACGGGCGAAUUCGAGUUGAAUACGGAUACGUGUGGACGUAGAAAUUUUUGAAUCCAGAAAGAAAAAGUUGCGGAUUCAAAAACAUCGGUUUCGUGUAGACGGGGCCUCAAUCUGUUCAACUCUCCGCUACCUUUUCACUCAGUCACCUUCUUCCACCGAUAAGAAUUUUUUAAUAGUUGGUCUGUUAACUAUAUUUCAUGCUCCAAACCGUCAAUAACUAAUUAAACCUUCCACAGGUAUCCCAGCCAAGAAAGCCCGCACGUUAGGACCAAGCUACAGCUCAGGAUGCCUCGGUGCCAUCAGUUAUUCCCCUUGUUGUUGCUGCCUUAUGGGAAUUACCAUGACCGGAGAUGUGCGCAUGUUCAAACUGCAUCACCUGGCAGGCAAAGGUAAGUGUUAAUUAAUUGAGUCUCAGUAAAUUGUAGUGAUCUCUAUCUGAUGAUUCUGGAGGGGGACGGGAGGUUGUUUAGUUAGGUACAUUGCUGCAAUCAUUUUGAACUUCACAGAUUCGAGAAUUUAAAGGACGUUGAUGGUACUGAGGAGACCUGAUUGGAGGCAGGUUUGUUAGUUCAUAUCCCCAAUUAAUUGAGGAGAGAUACUAACCGGCGUAGAAAAAUCUAGAUCGAAGUGUAUUCCUGUUCUACAGUUGAUGCGACCAAUCGAAUAUGCCAUAAGAGUGAGCAACAGAACACGAACACGUAAGAAGAAAGCAUUGUUCACCUACUGCAUAACUUUUUGAAUUUCGUGCUUUUUAACGUUUUAAUAGUAUUCGCACUAUGUGAUUGAUUUUCUGCACAUCAAAACGCGCAUUUGAUCUUUUCAUUUUAUUUCAUAUAACUCAAUUAAUUAAUUAAUUAUUGAUUUUUUUGUAAGAGACAAUGGUAUUUUAUAAUGGGUGUGAGGAUGUAGUAAUCCACGAAUACUUCCGUUGCGGAGUUCAAGGAAGCGUCUGACGCGCCGAUUUUGCCUGGAUAAGACAUACAUCAGCCAAAUCUACAUGUAACGUUCCUGCUUCAGAGCGUUAGCCUAGCAGGCGCUUGGAAGUAAUGGGUGCAAGAAACAACGAGGUGGUUGAGGGAGACAUACAUAUCUCCGACGUCGUCGCGCGGCCCGUUCUUUCCCGCAUAUUACUUUCUAGCGCCUACUACAUGCGCGGGCUGUCAUUUUUUAAUAACUGUGAUCACAUUUGUCAACAGACAGUGAAUUUCACGGUGGGAUGCGACUCAAGCGCAGCCUGACAGACUUGCUGCAAUACUGUCUUCUGACGGGAUGGGAGUGGUGGGAUGUACUUAUGGCGGCACACCUUGGAACACCAACAGGUUACAGAUUUUGUUAUCGCUUUCUUGAGUAAAGCAGACAUCGGGAGAAAUGGCUAUUGAUCUCGUGACAUUAACUUACAGUCGAAGAAAGUUUGUGGGCUUUUUAUAUCCCCAACUGGCCUAUUUUUAUUCAUAACGGUGGAAGUCACUAUACAGCCCUGUCUUAAAAACUCCUGCCCGCAGUCGGCAGCCCUGUGGGCCCCCACCAUAUCGUUGGUUACCAUGAACGCGCAGCAGUACUCUUCAUCGUGGAGUGCGCGGGUAACACUAACAAUAGCUGAAUCUCUCUACUGUUUCUCUUUUGUGUGGCCAAAUCGCACCUUUACGCUUUUAAGUGCUCCAUACCUCACUGUUAGAAGUUUUAGGGCCUGUUUGCAUGGGUGCCCCACCUCCAUAUAAACAGGCCCUCAGAGCGCAAAGAAUUUAUGCGAAAAUCACUUGAUACCACAGUCCGGGUAUCUGAACAUAUAACUGACUCUACGAUGUGUCUAAAAUUGAAAAUCAAUCUCAAUCUCUCUCUCUUUUAAUUCGACAUCGAGAUUGAGAUUCAUUUCAGUAUGGUUGCUUGCUUGCAGCUACACUUUGUCUGUAGUAUGGGAAAGAAAUCUUUUCAAACCCGAAUCAUUUACAAACCAGCUUGUUUCAGUGAGGCAAGCCAGAGAAAAACGCACAAAAGCAUGAAACUUUGAAAAUCUUGUCAGUGUUCCACUUUCCAAUCGUACUUUCUGUAAAAUAAUUUCACAACCCUCGGGGUCCGCGCGUUAAUAUUGGCCUUAGAAAGAGGAGGAUAGGCUGCGACCGAAGACGUAUUUCCGGUGGUCGCUUUUCUCCCUCCGAAGAAUAAUUUUCGGAGGGAGAGAAGCGACGACCGGAAAUACGUCUGUGGUCAAACCUCUCCGUUUAUAAGCCCUUCUAAAACCCUUUAUAAGCCGCUGAUAAGCGGCGGCGGUUUACGGUUUAUGAUUUAUUCUUUUAUUCACGUCACGCAAUCUGUUGUUGCAUUACUUAGAAACACUAGAUGCGGUUUCAAGACAACUAACAGAUGAAUUCAGCAUCCAGGAAAUCGCUCAACAGCAGAUUCAUUGUUCCCGGUUCAGAGCCAUCAAGGCCAGUCUCCACAAGUGUAUGAAAGACGGUGCAGGACAGGCGGUUGACUGUUAUGUUCGACAGCUUCUUGUUGCCAUAGCAACGACCUUUAGGUCCCUGCUUAGAUCAUCACACGGCGCCGCUGACCAGUUUGCUAGUAAGUUUUCCUUUUGCUGACAUAUUGAAUGACGUGACUUCCCGGCUCUCUAAAGGCAAGUGCUGUUUGAAUGGCUGAGUGUCUGUGUGGAUUGUAGCCUGUUUCAGGUUCCAAGAUACUGAAGUCAGAAAUCGUGAAAACGCCCCCACUAUCCGAGAGCCUGGAAUAGGUUAUUUGGAUUUUUAAGAGAUGUAGACUUACUUGCAACCUGCCAAGAAUGAAAAUCCACAACCAUAAACUUUGACAACGUUUUGCACAGGGGCUCAGACACGAAAUCUCUGUCCCCCAAAUUCACAUCUGACCAUACAGUAAAAGUAGGCCCAACACUCCUGAUCCACACUUAGAAAAGGAGUGACGUACUUACUUUCUGCUAGAUGAAUUUGAUUUGCGAUUUAAUACCUUUCUCGUUUUCUGGUGAAAGCUAGCACCGGCAUGCACAGGACUUGUCUUAAUCAACCCGAAUUUAGUUAGUUUAAUAAAUAAUUAAAUAAAUAACGAUUUAGAGGUAGCACAUCCACGUAGUGGUUCUUCGUCAUAUCAUUCCUGGUCGAAUUGAAAUUUGAAAAUGUUGGGUUUUUAGGAGAUAGGAACACUCCAGCACCCGGAGAAAAAGCUCUAGGAGCGAAGUAGAGAACCAACAACGAAGUCAAACCAGAUAUGGCUGGUAUGGAUUUUAACCAGGGCCACCGUGGUGUUAGGCGAGUUCAUGAUCUCACCACUGCGCCAUUCUUGCUUGCUCCCUAAGUUAAAGUUAAUCUUUUCUUUGUUCAAUUUUUUAAAGAGAUGUCAGCGAAUCAGGAUGUGGAAGUAGACAAGGUCAUUCAAGUUUUGGAUACACGGGAAUUAGCUCUAGAAAACAGUAAGCCACAGAGACUAAGUAAAUUAAAAUACUCUUCAGUAUGGUUGGGAAAAUAAUAUUUAAAGUAGGGGUCUGUUGUUUAGAAUUGAGUACCGACCUGUUGAUUUCCUGAUAUAGUAAGAUUCGGCGAAACAUUUUGAGAGGUGAUAUGGGCAUCCCCUUCUCAUAUUACCUGCUGGGAAACUGCCCACCUACCCCUCCCCUAAGAUGACAUUAGCGAGCUUAAGAAAAGACGUUUUUGAGCGACGCACGUCAACCGGAAGUAAGCCUUUCUUCCUUUUUAUAUGCCUUGACGCUAACAAAUCUGUAUUGCUAAGUUUCUUUUCUCUUAAAAAGACGAUUUACCCGAGUGUUUCACACAAACCAGUGCCCAGUGAUAUAAAAAGUCCACUUCCGGUUGACGUCCGUCGCUCAAAAACGCUGUUGCUUAAGCUCCCUAAUAACACGUACUUCUCACUUAGGUCAAAAUGAUGGCUUAGGGGAGGGGUAGGUGGGCAGUUUCCCAGAAGCCUAAAUUUUUUGCGGUAGCAGAUUUUCAAUCUGCACUUUGUAACAAUAAUAGAAGUAACCAAUAAUUUUUGGCGAAGUCUUAGAACCCUUUAAGUCCCGAGAGUGACAAACAUCAAUUUUCUCCUUAACAAUAUCAAUACCCAAUCAAGAAAAUAGGUUGUGAGAAUUAACAAUGCUUUGAUCUUUUAUCAAACUCUCUCAACUUUUCUAUAUAGAAAUGUAUAGAGAUCAGUUAGGAGAAUUUGUAUGUGGAUAUUAGGGCUUAGAGGGUUAAUGGACAGCCAUCUCUCAGUUUUCUCAGUCGUAUUUUAGCUCGUCGUUUCUCACUUUACUGUCGUAACUUGCAUUGCGUUGAGAAAAUAGAGUAGCAUAAACACUCAAACGUCUUACUGAAUUUUGUUCUUUAAGCAACUGUGUUGUCCAUGUUCCCUCUCAUACAAUGGCUCACUGACCUUGCCAUGUUUGUGGUCGUUACAUUUACAAACCAUCAUAACAAGGAAUCCGCAGGGGUGAGUAGAGUGACAAGAUAUUUCGAGAAAGGUCGUCGGAAAAAAUGUGCACGCGACAAUCCCGAAAGGUAAUAUGGGAUAUGACCAACACACUUCCCGACACUGUAGCUGUCGAGCCUACUUUUGUUACAUUCCUUUAGCACUCGCAAACAUAAGUCCAUGGCCUCUCGUGCCAUUCUUUCAAGUUUCUUUGAAGAACAGUGAACUCAAAACUACCCACAUUAGCUUUCGGGAUUGUCGCGCGCACUUUUUCUGACAACCUUUCUCGAUAUGGCAGUAUUCUGUAAUGGGGUUUGAUGUACGGGGUGGACCGGCGUUAACCUGCGAUUAGGCGUCACGGAAGACAUAAUAGAGAUGCAGUCAAACCCAGUUGAUACGGACACCGGGGGCAUAAAAAGUGUUCGUAUGACCGGGGUUGAAUUUAGUGGGUUGGAUUUAGAGAAAAUUGCUUGCAGGUCUAGUUGAAAAGCUACUUAUGGAAGGUACUGUUAAGUUACUUUCAAUUACACCAAAAAUCGACAGUAAUGGCAUGGAUGCAUGUUGAAAAAAAAUUGUAACUGUUUUUGGUAGUUUGGUGUCGACUUUAUGUGGCAAGACAAAUUUGCCACAUAAAGAUAUUUCAAGGCGCUUACUUGAUAUGUCUGAUUAAUCCGAUUUGCGGCGAGUACUCUGUGCACGGGCAAUUCAGUUAAUACUGAUGAUAUCUGGUGUCAACGCUUCUUUCACUUGGUUUACUUCGCAAUGUGGUUUGUGUCCGUUUUAGGUUAGCCUGGUUCGUGACACAAGCACUUUGAGCACAUUACGUGAAAUGCUGAUUCUCAUUCGUAUUUGGGGUCAAAGUACUCCAAAUAUACUACCUACAAUCACUCCAUCAGCAGGUAAGUUUUGUUUUCGGUCUGUCUACUUGUCUGUUUGUUCUUUGUUUUAAUUAAGUUUUUAUUUUGCCGUUGCUCAAUUUAACUUAGACCUUCCUCAGCACGAAAACGCAAACUAGACGCGUUUGUUAGGAGAUAGGAAGGAACGGCGUUUCUUUAGGUUGCCUUUGAGAGAUAGAGGGGAGAAGCUGCGAGCAGCCUAAAUUUAACUAGGUAAUAGGUCUUGUUUUGUUUGGCGACUUAAGCUGAAUGCUGGUUCAAGCAGACAAUAAAAGACAAAAUGACGCAAGUACAAUAUAAGAAACUUAACGUGGGCGUAUAUGUUCACGCUUUCGCUCGGCGCUCUUUUUCUUUAUUUUUGACUGACACGUUAUAAGGGUGUUUACUUUGGAAAAGAGCUCUUGCUUAAGUCUGUCACGGUAGUACAUGAUUGCUUGUCGACCUUGUUUUUGUGCUUAAACCUUUCACACUGGUCAAAACUGCCACAUAAGCAUGGCAAGAACUAACGUCCUUGGUGUUUUCAUACUAGUGAUUGCCAAAUGCUUAUGUCCUUUAUAUACCAUGUUUCAGACAAGAACGAGUCCCUGGUGUUGCUAUUCAAGAUCUUCACAAAAAUCUGGCUUCUGAGCAGACAAGCAAGCACAGAUGAACAAGAUACUGUUGUUGAGGACAGGUUGGCAGGUAUGUUGUCAGUCGCCUAAACUUGUGGUGAAGAUGAUUUUAACUGUGUCAGACUACGAGAAUUCCGCUGUGUUCCAUAGGCAUACUUAUAAUUAAAAGUCAUCGUCUGUACGUUACACUUACAGAAUUGAGUUGUUUUUAUUGUUGCCGUUGUCCAUACAACUGUGUCAUUUAUUCACUUUUGUCUCCAUUUGUCUUUUAUAGCUGAAGCUGCUCCUCUUAUCCCGAACUCACCGUUUCUUCAGAAUAUGCAAAUACCAAAUUUGAAUAGAGGUAAUACCUUUUAAAAAGAAGUACAUCGUAAUAACAAUAACAAUAAUAGCAAUAAUAAUAAUAGCAACAACAACACUCAUGAUUCGUAGCAAACAGCAAAACUGGUAUACUGUCAAAAAGAUAUGUUCUAUUCUCUGUCGCUGCGCUCAGCCGAAUAGAAAAUAUUUCUGUUAUAAUAAAGUAUGAAGAGGCAAAACAACACAAUAAAGAGCCGCCAGCAAUAGAGAGUUUGCUUGCAAGUCUAGCUGAAAAAAAAAAAAUGGUAUACUGUUAAAAAGAUAUAACUGUAUUUACAACCGCCCGACCUCUAUGUUUCAGAGUGAAAACUUGUCUCUUGUUUUCAUUGAUUUGUUGAAAAGAAGUCCUAAUCCUUUUAUCUGUUGCAUCGAAUCCAAUAUUUCCUUCCAGUUUAUUCCAGUACUUUUUUUUAGUAUGUUAAAAAAGGAAAAUUGAUGUUUGAGAAUUAAAGUAACGUCUUUUGAGAUCAUUCUGUGACAGUUCAUAUAGAAGGAUGCUAUCAUCUGAGUGUUCAAUUUGAUUUCAGGUGUGUCUGGUAAAGCAGUAAGUGGACAAAUCAAACCUGCGCUGUAUCAGUUUGGUAGCCAGCCGGUGUGGUGCACAUCUAAUCAGAUCUUCCACCCAUUUGCCUCCGCCAUUUUCCCGAUAGCUGCUGAUGGCUCACAUACAAUAGAUGUUGUGAGGAGGAUCUUUUUGGAUAAAUCACCAGAGACUAAGCUAAAACAGUGUACUAGGUAUGUUGUGGCUCAGUCGUUGGAACUUUAGCGAUCAUUGUGAUAGCUGAAGUACGCAUGUCAGAAGACUUGAGUUUACUAUCUCAGAUAUGAUUAUCUUUGUCGCUAAUGUUUUAGAUCGCUGGACCUUUUGACCAAUUCAAGCUUAACUAAAAUAUGAUCUCUGUUAGCUCUGUCCACCGUGCUGUAAAGUGUGUAUGUCAUCGGGGCGAAUCGACUUAAUUUCAGGGCAAACGACGUCGAACAAAUGGACUUUCGGCUCAAAGUUGUGAUUAGGUAUAGCCUUGUUAGUGUUCCAUCAUCAAACGCACAAAACCGCAAACAAACAAACGAAAGUCCUGAGUCAUUUAAUGGCGCCCUUUUAAAAGUUUUUCUUGAAAGGACCUGCUCUUUGGCAUUUCUACAAGUUGGUUUAUCAAAUAUGUGUGUCAAAUUGCAUCGCCGUAGGUUAUGGGUUAAAUCGCGUAGUGCGUUUCAUUUUAAUUUUGUUAAAUUACGAUAUCCAUGUUCGUUUUCGCACAGAAGGAAGCACUGUUUCCUCUUAAUCUCUUGAAGGGGAAAAUGUUCAUGGUCUUGUCUCUCGUUUUGUUUUACACAUACAGCAAAAACCAACAGUUCGCUUUUGUCAUCUUAGUGUUUCUCCAGACGACGAUCGGAUAGUAUCCCAUGAUGCAUCUCGCUUUAUCUCAUAUUAUCACUUCGAAUGUGACGUCAUCAUUAUUCUACAGCUCGCGCGAAGUGAAAAGUCGGAGAGCUCGCUAUGGAGUGCUUCCAAACAAGUCGAAGUUCCACAUCUUUUGCUUUCGAAAAUAACUAGUUAGUUUAUAUUCACUGCGUCUCCAAGGAGAAUUUCAGCGUCACUUUGAAAGGCUUUACAUGUAUUUCACUGAUCUGUCGUAAAAUUCAUGUCAGUUUUGUGGAUGCGAUGGACGAAGAAUAGCUCUCGUCCCUGUGACUGUUGAAAAUUCUGCAUUAGACGAUUUAUUUGCUGGCGUUUCUGUUAAACUCUCAGGAGUCGUAUAUGUAAUUCUUGCAGUUUUCCCUAUGGUACUGCGGUAGAGGGUUAUGUUCAACCUUGUCCCCUCGUUGCCUCAUACUCCCCGCGGAAGUGGAGAUACGUUGUAGCCUGGGAAACGAGUGAAGGGGGGGAGGGGGGGGGGCGGGGCGGUGACCUUUGUCUUCUCUCUAAGGCCUCGGAUAUUUUUGAAAACGAGAUUAAUUUGUCGUUUUCGAAAAGAUAGCGUCCACACGUAGCGUAUUCGAAUCGUUUUCGCCCGUCCUCACUAAAACAGAAAUAAAAUAGCAUCCCUUACAGGGCAUGCGCUGUAUGGUCCAUGUCACCUCCGUUUCAAAAAACUCCACUCUGGGGACAGUUUUCGAAAAUCUACGAGUUUGGUGCCCGAAAACACCGUUUGCCGUUUGUGUGGACAAGCUCCGUUUUCAAAAAUAUCCGGAUAGGUGUGGCCUCAACUGUCGAGGGAGGGAUUUCGGUUGCACGAGUUUAUCACGUGUUGUCUAUUAACAGGUGCAACUGUGUAGCCCUUGUGGAUGGUGUCAGUGACCAUGCUGCAUCCAAGGUCUGGGAGCAGAGAUGGGUCAGAGCAUGCGUGUGCGGAGGCAGUUGGAAAAGACUACCCUUUAAAGAA